CUCGCUUCAAUUACAUGCAACCCGCUUGAUUAUCACAUUUUUAUUACAUGUAAACCGCUGCACAUAAUCACGUGUAAUGUGAUAAGUUAGCUUGUUCUCUAAUCCACUACACCAUCCCCCUUCUCAUUUACACAGCAGGGCUAAUUCGCUAAUCCCGGCCGCAACGCUUCCGCGCGCCAGAUCGCAGCCGGGCUGCAAUCAAUCGGAAGCACUACUGCAUCGACAUUCAAUGCCGGCGUGGGAGGCCGGCAACGGUUCGGGGCCGGCGAUGGCCACCAUCAACCUGCUGCUGCCCAUCGUGGUGACGGCGCUGGGCCAGGCCGGCCAAGUGCUCCUCUACAUCCCGCCGGCCACCGGCAGCCAGCUGCCCACCUACCCCUUCCAGCUGUACGCAUCGACAGCCAGCGGAAGCGGCGCCUCCCGAGCGUGCCCGGUGGACCGGCCCUUCGUGGGCUGCAGCGUGGCGCCCUGCUCGUCCACCGGCAGCAGCGGCCUGUGUCCCAACUACCCGACGGCCGUGUGCAUUGACGACAUGUGUGGUGGCUGCACCGCCCGCUUCUACAUUCCCCGCGGACAAUGGCCACAGUUGGCAGGACAGGCCUCGGCGGCGCAACUGUACUGGGCGUCGCCUAACGCCUUCACGGAGGUCACCGUGCAGUGCUUCGGCCCGCUGCCGGUCCUGAGCUACGGGGCGUGGCCCAGCGCCGAUCCGUCGGUGACGCCGGUGUCGGCCUUCUCCAUCUCCCGGAGCUACUGGUCCGCGGUCGACGUCUGUCCUCCCGGCGUACCGAUAACGGAGAAGACGUGCAUGCCCAACCGGCAGACACCCUGCCAAGUCUUCCGCUGUCCGCAAUACCCGGCAGCGGAAUGCGUCAACUUCCACUGUGGCGACUGCCGCGCGCAGUUCUACCAGAACGGCGUGGACGUGUCCCAAUCCUGCGGGAUCACCAACCCCCAAACACCUACCUGGAGAAACGCUGGAAGCCCAUUAAGUGGUACAUUGGCUGACCAGCUACCCGUUCCCUACAACUCCAACCCCCUUCCGGCCCCCGGCAACACCGUCGGGCUGGCUAAUCCCGCGUCAGACACCGGCUGCCGUGUCAGCACUGGCCGGGCGCUCCUUCCGGCCCCGGCCAACCUCUGCAACUACGACACGGUGUGCCGCGGCCUGGACGUCCCGUCCGUGUGCCCCCAGUUCCCGGCGGCCGUCUGCAGUUCGGAUCCCUGCGGCAGCAGUUCCGUCAACCCUACGGCGGGCGUCUGCCGGGUCAAGUUCUUGCUGGGCUCCACGGACGUCACUUCCGUGUGUUUUCCACCGCGCAGCCAACCGGACGCCGGGAGUCUGUCCAUCCCGGCGGCGGUGGUGGCGCGGUUGUGCCCGGAUGGACGGGCUUUUCGUAUCGUCUGCAAUUUCCCGCCCUGCGGCCGCUACGGGUCCGGUUGUCCCGGAUAUCCGGCGGCGCGCUGCCUGGAAGACAGCUGCGGUGCCUGCACCGCGCGAUACUUCGUCUCUGCCACGGAAGUCACUUCCUUAUGCUAUCCUUACCCCACAAAAAAGUAGCAGCUUCUUGCCUUAACAGUCUGUACAUUUUAUUUUUAUUGUAAAUAAAUCGUUCUGUGGCAACAGUGUGAAUAAAAUUUGG